UGUCAGGGUGGCCCUGACUUCUACGGCAGCAGCGUGAGCUACUUGGGGGUGCCAGCCCACGACCUCCCUGAUUUCAAUAUCAGCACCUACUUCUCCCAGGCAGCUGACUUCAUCCACUGUGCCCUCAACACACCUGGGGCCAAGGUCCUGGUGCAUUGUGUGGUGGGUGUGAGCCGCUCUGCCACACUGGUCCUGGCCUACCUCAUGCUCCACCAGCAGCUCUCCUUGCAUCAGGCAGUGAUCACUUUGAGAGAGCGCCGAUGGAUCUUCCCCAACCGCGGCUUCCUCCGCCAGCUCUGCCAGCUGGACCAGCAACUUCGGGGUGCAAGUCGGAGUUGAGGGGCCAGAGUCGGUCCUUAUUCUCUGCCACAGGAUUCUGUCACUUUGCUACUCUGGCCCUGACCCUCAUGGUGGCUGUAACUCAUGUGGAUGCCCAGAAGAUGGGAAGAACCCAGUGCGGGGCUCACCCUCAAACCCACUGCUCCAUCAGAAACAGCAUCAAGUGUGCAGAGACAGGCGGCUGGAAGCCGGCAGCACAAACUGCCUGUCAGAGAAGACCGCAGCCUGGGCUGGAUACAGGUGGGAUGGACUCACUGCAGAAGCAGGACCUCCGGAGACCAAAGAUCCAUGGAGUGGUCCAGGUGCCCCCCUACCAGCCACCCACACUGGCCUCGCUGCAGCGCUUACUGUGGGUCCGUAGGGCUGCCACGCUGAACCACAUCAAUGAGGUCUGGCCCAACCUCUUCUUGGGAGAUGCGUAUGCUGCCCGAGACAAGAAUCAUCUGAUCCAGCUGGGCAUCACCCAUGUUGUGAAUGUUGCUGCAGGCAAGUUUCAAGUGGACACAGGUGCCAAGUUCUACCAUGGAACAUCUCUGGAGUACUACGGCAUCGAGGCUGAUGAUAACCCCUUUUUUGACCUCAGUGUCUACUUUCUGCCUGUUGCUCGAUACAUCCGAGAUGCCCUCAGCGCUCCUCAAAGCCGAGUGCUGGUCCACUGCGCCAUGGGGGUAAGCCGCUCUGCCACCAUUGUCCUGGCCUUCCUCAUGAUCUACAAGAACAUGACACUGGUAGAUGCCAUUCAGACAGUGCAGGCCCACCGAGACAUCUGCCCCAACUCAGGCUUCCUCCGACAACUGCAGGUUCUGGACAACAGGCUGAGGCGGGAAACAGCAGGACUCUGACUUAGGGAGUGCCUGAAGCCCUGAACCCUCCAUCCAGCAUGACCCAACCUGACUUGCCUGGUCCUGGGGACGGGAGCCUCUGUUUCCAGAGACCCUGAGAUGUCACCAACAAGUGGGGGCUCCACUGAGGCAGAGGCAGGGCCAGCUGAGUGAUAACCUUUAACAGGUGGAGUUCCCUGACCCAACCCAGAAAUUCUUUAUACAGAAGAAAAAUUCAGUCUGUCUCUCUAAUAAAAGGUUCAUCAUGAUAAA